AUGACACAACAGACUUCCACAACAUGUCAUCAACGAUCCACUUCGGGAGGAGAUAAUAGUAUCAACAGCAGCAGUAUCAAAAAUAAUAUGGAGGGUCACGAUAGACGUGUUCUGAAAAAGAAGACGCGAAAGAGUCAAAGACGGCGGUCAGCGACUUCCAAAAAAAUGACGACCGAAGCACUGGUGCUAUCGUUUAGCGCUCCCAUUGUACUGUGGAUGGUCGUGUUUUGCCUCAAAGGAAGCAUUUACAACCAGUUCCCCGAUGAUAAUAAUCUCCAAAAUUCCAAGUCCGCGUUCUUUCAGCCGCGAAAGUCCGCCUCGCCACCAGGAGAAAUGUUAGCUACCGAUGAUAGAAGUCUCAACCACCCAGCACCCGGCCUUUCCAUUUCAGAAGAAGCCAAAAAGGAAGCGGAACGAGCAUUGCAAGAGAAGCUCGACCAUAUCAAUAAAUUCUACAACAGCCGGCGAAGAAUGGCCAAUGAUAAGGAAAAAGCCAUGGUCCAAGGUUUGGUAUCUGACGCAAGAGGGACUCCUACCGGUACACACCACACCACUACUAAUGGUAAUGGCGGUAGCACAACCGACACCCAACCAGUCAAAGAUCAAAAGAUUCUAACUGCCUUUAUGGAGCCUCCCUUUACGCUACAAGAAGACGUAAAGCCACUUCCUCCUAGAAAAACGGCCGAGUCCAUCCUAGAGACUGCCACAUUUCCUAAAGUGCAUCACUGCUCGAGUUUGAUUCGAGAUUUCGGCAAAUCUGUGGUGGACAACUUUCCCUCCAAAGAUCCAUUUCUGCCGUGGAUUCAUGAUUUCUUCCCAACCAACGAUGGUACUAUGAUGAAAUUCAUUGGACAGAACAAACGAAACUGUGAAACUGGCGAAGGAACGUAUGUCAGCAUGAGACAUUGGAAACCACAGAUUGCUCUCUUUCAGCCAGUGCCGGUGGUCAUGUCGACGACAACAACAACACAGGACAAGGAACCAUCCUUUCGGCUAGCAGACAGUUUCGAACAUGCCACGGCCAAAGAGACGAGGUUCAUUUGUCGUUUUCACAAUAGCAGUCAACACUCAGCUAUCUCUCUUAGCGGCUUCCCCUUCAACUACGAGUUUGUCACGUGGAGAAAGAACAAGAGAAUGUUGGAAGAUGAUACCAGCAAGAAUAGCCUGAAUCAGAGCCCCUUUUGGCUCUCUCAGCUACUCUUUUCCUGCCCGAUUCCACCCGAGUUUCAACCCAUGGUCCGACAAGGCAAACAUGUUGUCAAGGAUGUACCAAAACUCUGGGUAGAUGUCAUUCCUAUUCGCACUCCACCCAGAUCCAACACGUUUCUCCUGACGCAGGACCAGAUUGGAAAGGAACAAUUUCAACAACACUCCGAGAGGUGGUUCCAACUGAAUGAAUGGUUCGGCAAGAACCACACGCUUCCCAAGAUUGCCGACUCGGGACGAUGGGCGAACCUUCCAAUUUGCCAUCCACCACAGCCGACAACAACAACAAAGCCAUCGUCAAGCGUGCAACUGCCAACAAGAGCUGACGAUAACAGCAACCAGAACAACCUUGUCAAUGAUCUGUUGCCAAACAAGAAACUUGUUGCUUGUACAUGGGCAUCUGCCUCGUAUCAUCGAAGGGGAAAUGCAGUCACAGUCCGCGAUAGUCAUGCCAGACUUCGUGAAUGGAUAAUCUUUCACCAACUCGUUGGAUUUGAUCACUUUUACAUAUACGACAACUCGCCCAUUGACGCUACAAGCAAUCAAUCCAAUGAUCUCGAGGCUGUUGUUUCCGAGUUUCCAUCAGAGCUGGUGACCUACAUCAGGUGGCCUUGUACGGUAUGUUCCAACAACCGUCCCAUGCACAAGAAUCCGGGAGAUCGGAGCUCUCAGUACGCUGCCGAAGCCAGUUGUAGGGAGCGGUUCGGGCCUUUCACAGAAUGGAUGAGUGCCCUGGACACUGAUGAAUACCUUGUGCCCAUGAAGCACGAUACAUGGCGAGAAUUUCUAGUUGAAAUGGAGAACAAGGGUGUGCAAGUUUUGAAAAUGAAGAGCAGCCGGGGUCUUCCAAGACAUGAUCUCAUGGAGUCACUUGCGGAUCAAAGAUCCUGUGAAAUCCCACAAAAGAGAUCUGCCGCAGUAAGAAAGCUAAAACAGACAUCAUGCCAGGAACCUAUGCACAACGAGACGUUCUUGAAGGUCUACAACUGUGACUACAUCAAACCGCCAAGGCCCUCGAGAUUUGCUAGGGCCAUGAAACAAAUCUACCGACCAUCUUACGUGCUGAGUCACUACGUGCACUACUCUACGGUUACAGAGGAUAUUGCUCUGUCCUGGAGGAACCAGUCAAAUGUGAAUAGUGAUUCCCCACUAUUGGAUUGGAAAGUGGCUGGCAGCACUAAAGAGGUAUUUCUCGACGAAUUGACACAAGGCACACUCAUACAUGCAAGACUCCACCCAAUGGAUUGA